CACACAACCAACCCAGCUGCCUAGCUGGAGCGUAGUGCGCACUAAUCUCUCUCUGAAAAAACCCACAAACACACUCUCUCUCUAAACACAUUCUCUCUCCUGCGAGAACUGAAAAGAACAAUAGGCUCUGGAUCUUAGCCGCCUCUCUCUUCCCCAAUCAGCGCCAAAUUCUAAAGAUAAUCUCUGCAAUUGGACGAAGCAAUUGAUCGAUCGAUCGAUCGAGUCUCGAAUCACGAAGAAGUGAAUUGGCACUCUUUGCUAUAUCGAUUCGAUCAUCACCUGAGACUGUGAUUCUUCUCUAAGUCAGCUUGAUAUCGUCACCAAACUCGAUUCAGAUAGGUACGUUUUCCGAUUUGUAUAUUCUAGGGUUUACAUUUCGUUCCUCACUCAAUCUAUCAUAUCCUUCACUUGGAUCUUCAACUCACAGACUCUACAGCAAUCCGUUUAUUGUUUUUUUGUUGGCCGAUUUUGCUCAGACCGUGUUGAAUUUCCUUUAAAUAUGAUUGAAUUCAUGUAAAAGAAUCGAUUCUCUAUGCUGUGUGAUUCGGUGAAUGGCUUCGAUCCGAAGAACUCUUUCGCCGUACCACGACCGUCCGUAUCAGAACGGAGGGAGUCCGUUUUCGGUGUCGUCACCGUCUCAUAAACUUCUGUCUAAUGGUAAAUACUCGUCGCCGUUGUCGACAUUUGGCGGCGGAGUCCACAGUUUUUUCGCCGGUGUUUUUCUCCAGCGGCACUCGCGUAAAGGUCACCAAACAUGGAAGAGGCCGUUCUAUAGGUGUUUGUUGUUUUUCAUGCUAGGGUUCUUAUUAGGUAUGGCCCCUUUCGGCAAUGAUGCUGAUGUUCGAAAUCACGAUUUUUCGUUUGAGAUCAAGUCACCAUUUGUAAACGUUCAAGAGGAAGUAAAUAACGUUGUUGGGAAACCAGAGGAUUUUGAGCUGGAUAUGGUGGAAUUAGGUGUUGAGAGAAGGUCGAGUAUGAAAGAAAAGUUUGAUUUCAUUCCCCGGAAACAGUUAAUUGUGGUUACUCCAACGUAUAACCGUGCACUUCAGGCAUUUUACUUGAAUAGAUUGGGGCAGGUGCUUAGAUUUGUUCCUCCACCACUUAUGUGGAUUGUGGUGGAAAUGAAUUCGGCAUCAAUGGAAACUGCAGAUAUACUGAGGAAAACUGGUGUUAUGUACAGGCAUUUAGUUUGCACGAAAAACUUGACAAAUAUAAAGGACCGGGGUGUUCACCAAAGGAACUUGGCUCUCGAGCACAUUGAACACCAUAAACUUGAUGGGAUUGUUUACUUUGCAGAUGAUGAUAAUAUCUAUUCACUAGAGUUGUUUGAGAGUAUGAGAGAAAUCAGCCGUUUUGGCACGUGGCCUGUUGCUAUGCUUACACCAAGCAAAAACAAGGCAGUAUUGGAAGGUCCAGUAUGCAACGGAAGUCUAGUAAUUGGAUGGCACACAAAUGAGAAGAGUAAAAGACUGCGUAGAUUUCAUGUUGAUAUGUCAGGGUUUGCGUUCAACAGCACCAUAUUGUGGGAGCCGAAGAGAUGGAAACGCCACACUUCAGCUCCAAUUCGGCAGUUAGACACUGUUAAGGAAGGUUUUCAAGAGACCACAUUUAUAGAACAAGUGGUGGAAGAUGAAAGUCAAAUGGAAGGUGUACCCCUUGGUUGUUCAAGGAUCAUGAACUGGCAUAUCCAUUUGGAAGCUCGCGAACUUGUCUACCCCCGAGGCUGGCUGCUUCAGAAGAACCUUGAUGCUGUUCUCCCCGUUGAGUGAUGGACUUAACCCUAUAAUCGUGUUCUGGGUUCCGUAUUGAGCUGGUGGUAUCCUCUUCCCUGAGCAGAUCCUCCUGACAAGUUAUCACCAAAUGCAAUGGUAGAAAUGACAGAUUCUAAGCUGACACACAAACGUGGAAGAAUCAUUAUCUUUGCUUGGUAGAUUUUUUCUUCAUUCAUUCUUUUGCAGAAACGGAAUUUCGUUUUUGCUACAAAAGUCUUUUUUCGCUUUUUUCGGGGAUCGAGGAUGCAGUCGCCUCUAAAUUUUCUCAAAUUCAUCUCAUCCCCUCUAUAAAUUGGAAGAUGUUUAUGCUGUGGUUUUGCCUGUUGUGGAUUAAUAUAGUGUCUGUGAGGUAGGCCUUGUACUAAAAAACAAGGGGCAUUAGCCCUAAGUGUAGUUGAAAUGCCCUUUUUGCCCAUGCAUUCCUAAGAAUUUUGUCAAGUGGGCGUUUCUGCUUUAUACCAAUGUCAUUGCAACAUGGAGCCUCUUUGUAUUGAGGAAGAGCAUUGAUCUUUUAUUUGAUUCAUUCAUUUCAUGCUA